CAAAUAGAUAGAAUAAUAGAAAUAAAGGAGUUCAAGAUCUUCUCUGUUUUGCAGUCUCAGAUCUAUCUCUCCAAUCCUAAGCUCUCCUAAUGGUAGCCAAAAUGCUCUUUUUCCAAACUAGGUCUUUUGCAAGUGUCUGCCUAGAAAUGAUACAAAACCCUAGUACAUAUAGCCUAACAGGCGGCAAGGGACUUAAGUUGUAAAUAAUAGAUUUUCUGGGAAAUGAAAUUUUUUAGUUUGCGAUUUCAUCUGUGUGACUGCGUAUCGAUCGAUGCACAAGACUGUAUGUCGAUCGAUAAUAAGUGAUUAAGAUCGACCGAUGUUGCUCUUCAAGCGUCGAUCGAUUUUCCUUGCGUAAAAGCAUUCCAAAAUGUCCCAAAAGUAUCAUUUUCUUCAAUCAGGUGAAUAGACAUGUAUUUGCUUUGAAAAGACUCUAAAACAUGAUUAAUACAUCUUAAAACCUUUAUAUACCAUGUAUAAAAGCGGGUGAAAAUCAUGGUAUAUCAGACAGCCAUGUUACCGCAACUCAUAGACGUUAACGAAGAGGUUAAACGACAAGGGUCAUACAGUAGAAGAGCUGCGGGAGCAUUGUUAAGAAUGCAAAAAUACCGAAGAAAAAUUACACGAUUUACAACAAGAACGUACGGCACAUGAAUUCUCCUAUGCUUUUUUCGUUUUUAAUUUCCUCUUAUUUCAGCUCACUGACACAGGCGAAAUCCACUAUCCAAGCCGAAUCAAAACUAUAAACUUAAUUAAUAUUUGAUUUGAUUUGAGUUCUGAGCUGUAAAUAUACUCUCAAUCGAUUUUUAUUGUCAUCUAUUAGAUUUAUGUUAGAUUGACAAGAGAUUACACGGAGCUGGCAAAGGUAUACAACUUUUUCGAAGCCAUAAGCAGGUGAGGUAAGAGUAAUCUCCCAGAGACAAACUUUAUAAACAAACAUUUAAAAGAACAACUAAACAAAACUAAAAGAAGGAGAUAAAUUUUUUGGCCGAAGAAGACAACUGGCCAUCUAUGUUGGCCGAAUUUGAUGAGUUCCACCUCAUUCGUUCUAUGUUUACGUUUUUCUCUAAAUCUUUUAUUCCCUGUUCUCUUAACUUCUGAGUUGACCGACUUGCAAAAGGAGCUCGGACUCGAGGAUUCUCUUUUUCCCAUGUAAACUCUCAGCUUCCAAGAUAGAUGGCUCCUGAGGCCAUUCUCUCGGUAGCUUCUUAAUAAGAUAUGGAGCUUUCGAUGUCAAAAAAAAAAAAAAACUAAAUGAAGGAGACAAGGUUACAAAUAGGUACAUUAGAGGACCAUGAUAAUCUGCAACAAGUGUGGAGCUUAACAGCGCCGGAAAAAGAGAUGAACGAGAAAGCGAUUCACGACUAAAUUAUUGGAGUUGGAAGAAGAUCUCUUAGAACGGUGACACACUGGAACCAGGAACAGACCACAGCACAUUCAUCAACACAAACAAGACGCCACAAGAGAAAAACAUCUUCAAUCCGGGCAGCCAAAGAAGACGUUAUAAACUAACUACUCAAAGACAGCAUGCAAUUGAGACACAGAUCCAAUGUCCCUUACCAAGUAAUCUGGAGAACCCGUUGAUUUCAAACCAAGGGACAUCACAACUUCGCAACACUGCAGCUUCACCCAUUAAAGAACAUUAAAAUAAACGCUGAAGUCAAACGACGAGGCCUUACCCAAAGAACGUCGGAGAUAAGAAACAGGAUGCCUUAGAUAAAAACAGCAACUCCACAAACCAGAGCAGAACAGCACUGCCCAUGAACACGAGCAAUGCCAUUUUCCAAACAGCCGAAGGACUAACCAAACAUUAGCGUGCUGAAGAACCUUACACUUCUUCAAUAGAUACAACCAUAGAAACAGAGGAUUUCUAUCAAACCUUGAGAGAAGUUUGGCUGAGACACAAUAAGGAAGUGCUUGAACCAGGAAAAUCAGCUACAUCAACCAAGGAUGAAGCAAAACAACUUCUAGAAUCCACAGAUGACUCAAGAACACAAAACCAUCUAACGAUCCUCACAGAGUUAUCGAAGGUAAAUUCGAAUACCUUAUGUGAAGCCACACAAGAUCACACCAGAACAUGCUACCUUGUUGCAGAACCAAACUUAUAUCGGGAGGUGAUGGAUUUAGACCAAAGAAAGAAGCUAAGACCACUACCUGAAUCUGAGGUGAUAUGACACAGAAGCUGGGGAAGAGGAUCAUGAUGUAGUGAGAGGUGAGAUUGAGGCUGGUGUGAGCAUAGGAAGAUGGCUGUUUCUGGCUGCUGCACCUAUUUCAAGUCUGGUGGGGGGUUGUGUUCGCAAUGUGGCUAAGCAACCCACAGAGGAGGAAUAUAGUAUUCUCUCAUAGCCAAAAGGGGAACAAGACCAGAAGAUGGUUGCCAUUUUUCUGACAUCUGAUGACCAUGCAAGUUCCAGGUGUGUUAUUCCAGAAUGUGUAUUAUUAUUACAGAUCUUACAAGAUGCUUGAGUUUUUUUUUUCUGUUUCCAUCUCUUGGAUAUUGACUUGUGUUGUGUUCACAUGUUAGUUUAAUGGAAGCUUAACCAAAGUUGUGUUGUGUGUUGCAAGUAGUUUUUAUAUCAAUCUUAUCUUUGGUUACCUUGUAUCGCCUCUUUUGAUUAUUUUGAUGAACUUUAACAAGUGGUUCUUACAUCGUAGCUCUGAACAUGUAAAUUUGUCCGUUGAAUAGUGUUCUUUAUGAUAUUUUUAUAAUUUUAAUGUUAAAAGAAUAUGGAUUUUUUGUUGUUGUUUUUAACGAAAUAGUUUAUUAUGAAUAAAUGUAGGGACAUGAUGAUUAAAAGGAGUCUCACACACUUGGCCGGAACAAUCCCAUGGAAAACUCUAACGAACUCUCCCAAAAAUGGCGCGCUUAAAACCGAACAAACAAAGCAGAAAAGGUAAGAAAAUUCUGUUUUGAACAUUUCAAAACACACAGAAAAAGAGAGAGAAGAUCUGUAAGAAGAAUGAGCAGCGAGGAAGAGAAGACGGUGUGUGUGACAGGAGCUUCAGGUUACAUCGCUUCAUGGAUCGUCAAGCUUCUCCUUCUUCGUGGCUACACCGUUAAAGCCUCUGUUCGUGAUCCAAAUGAUCCAAGGAAAACAGAGCAUCUGCUUGCAUUAGAAGGUGCAGAGGAAAGACUUCAAUUGUUCAAAGCAAACUUGUUAGAAGAAGGCUCUUUCGAUUCAGCCAUUGAUGGCUGCCAAGGUGUUUUCCACACCGCCUCACCAUUCUAUCACGACGUCAAAGAUCCUCAGGCUGAGUUACUAGAUCCAGCGGUGAAAGGAACAAUCAAUGUUCUAAGCACUUGCUUGAAGACUCCUUCUGUUAAGAGAGUCGUCUUAACCUCAUCAAUAGCAGCUGUUGCUUUCAAUGGCAUGCCUCGAACACCCGAUACCAUAGUUGAUGAGUCAUGGUUCGCUGAUCCUGAAUAUUGCAGAGCUGCCAAGCUAUGGUAUGUACUGUCCAAGACAUUAGCUGAAAACGCAGCGUGGAAGUUCGCGAAAGAGAACGAUAUGCAGUUGGUUUCGAUAAACGCAGCAAUGGUGAUUGGUCCUCUUUUACAGCCAACACUCAACACUAGUGCUGCUGCAGUAUUGAGCUUGAUCAAAGGAGCACAGACGUUUCCUAAUGCGACAUUUGGGUGGGUUAACGUUAAAGAUGUAGCAAACGCUCAUAUUCAAGCGUUUGAGAAUCCAGAUGCUAAUGGAAGAUACUGUUUAGUGGAGAGAGUUGCUCAUUACUCUGAAGUUGUUAACAUUUUACAUGAUCUUUACCCUGAUUUUCAACUCCCUGAGAAGUGUGCAGAUGAAAAGAUAUUUAUUCCAACCUACAAAGUGUCUAAAGAGAAAGCAGAGUCUCUUGGGGUUGAGUUUGUGCCAUUGGAGGUUAGCAUAAAGGAGACUGUUGAGAGUUUGCAAGACAAAGGGUUUAUCAGAUUCUGAGUUUCAAGCCAGAACAAGACUUGGAUGUGUUUGUGUUUCUUUUUUUUUCUAUUUGGUGUUGUUAUUUUUUUCCUUAAAUUUAAAUCUGAGUGCAUGUUGCAUAUUGACAUUUUGAAAGUUUGUUGUUGCACCAUUUGGGACUGAUGGAAUAAACUAUUUUGUUCUCAUUGGAAUUUGUAUUUGCAGCUAAUUGCCUAACAAGUGAUGAGUCUAUCUAUGUCAGCCAGUGAUAUAUGCUCAUUAUUAUCACCUUUGUUCUAUGUACAAAUGUUUUCACUAUGAGGAAUAAGUAACAACAAUAAGAUAGUGUCUUCUGAGAUUUAAGUUUUACUCAACCAAUAAUAUGAUUUUUGUGUGUGUUUGCAGUGUUUUAUGAAACAAAAUAAAAAUAAAAGGAGGAUAAUCAUUAGAGGAUCCGGUUGCUAUCAUCUUUCAUCUUGAUUCCUCCGACCAUGUUUUCUGCUCAUUUUCUCACACAAUCCUUAAUUUUUUCCUGCAUAUUCCAAUACAUUUUCAAUAUUCAAGAAACUGAAACUACUCUUCUAGAUUUCUAUACUAAUGUACAACUGCUUGCCCUCUUGAUCAUCUCUUACCUUUGAGGUGAAUUUGACAGUUGUUGUCCAGCAUUUCCUUUAAUUCCCUUGGAUAUAUAUCCACAAUUAUGGAAGGUAAUAGUUCACUUUUAUGUAGCAUACUAAUACUUUUAGUUACCAGUUUGUUCCCAUUUAUUAAGCUUUACUAUCCAAGUCCUAGGAGUAGCCUCUGUUGCCAGAACCUGAUCUGUCCAAAUUGGAAACUUCUUGUCCUUUUUGUCUCCAUGGUUCUUCCCAAGCUCAUCAAUGGUGUCUCUGAGAGAUUUUUCAGCACCAUAUGGAUGAACAAAGACACCACCAGGAUGCUAGUGGUGUUUUUUUGACAAAAUAGAUCAUAUUAUCAUUCGCUAAUUAGUCUCUCACUCUGUUGGAUAUAGUUAGAUUUGAUGAUAAAGAGAGAAACAAGGGUUAUCUAUACUCACACAUGAAGCUUUGAGACUUGCUACGUAUGCCUCACAGUUCUCAACUCCCCCUCUUCGAUCUCCAUCUCCCAUAGAACAAGAAAAAAUUGACAAAUCAGACCCGGGUUGACAUCCUCCUCCUUGCACUCUAAGAAGUCAUAAACAUCUCUUGGAGAACGAUUUGGACCAAGCUUAAAAUGACAGAUUUGGACCAAGCUUAAAAUGACCAAUAACUUUUAAAUGCCACCAGCACACCUCUCACUCGCGUGGAUUAUCUUUGCAUUGUUCUCUUGAGUCUUGAGAGUUGCUUACCUGUGAUUAACAAGAGAAGAUUUUAAAACAUGAAAAGAAUAAAACAAACACAGAGAUUCAGAUGGUGAAAACUAACUAUAACACCAUAAACAUUAAGAGUAAAUAGCUCUGUGUCCUUUCCAGAGUUACCGCAGACAAGAAUUUUCACAGGAAGCUUCCCUUCAGCCUUGAGUUUGUUCAGAAGAUAAGCAAGAGCUUGUCCUUUUCCUCCACCUUUUGGUAAAACAUCUAAAGAUUUUGAUAUCCAACUGAAAAACAAGACACCAUCAUGUAACAUGUUGUAAAAGUAAACGGACAAGAUUAAACGAUGGUACGUACUCCACGUUUCUCCAACCGUUGGUAUAGCUCCUUGGUCACUUCUUGAGCCUUACUCUUGUCAAUGCAAAAUCUAACCUUGUUUGGUCUCUGAUCACAUCUCUCUGCAUCAAGUGAUUCCACUUUGGUCACUUAACAUGGAGUAUUUAACUAUAUAUACAUAGUGGUUAUACAGUCUUUGUUUGUGUUAAGGAGAGAAAGUAACCUGAAGAGUCAACUCAGAGAAAUUUCUGGUUUCUUCUUCAACGAUUCCUCGGUUCCAAUUUUUGAUUCAUGAUUUCAACUCAACUAUCAUCUGUAACCAUGGAGUUUCCAUAAGCUAUCUCAGUUCCUACUGAUGAAAUGAUAAUAACAUCAGGAGUUAAUAGUGGUCUCUUUUUCCUCAGCUUCUUGUACAAGGCUAGUGUUAUUUCUGUUGGGAAAACAAGAAGACAGUCGUGGCGAAAAACAUCUUCACAUAAUGAACUAAACCUCAAUAAAGAGAAAUUCUCAAGAUCAUUAUGAUGAUCAACCUUCACGAACACAUCAAAAUACACAUCAAAAAUCAAGAUUUAGAGCAAAAAAGAAGUUUGUUAAUCGGCGUUUUAUACCUUGGCGCAAGCCUCAUUUUUCUUUGAAAUAUCCGAAAGUAACCCCAUGAGAACAAGCUCCAUUCCACUCAAAAAAUAUUGUAGGAACAUUAUAAGAUGAAAGCGUAUAAGAUCUUUGUUAACUGUGGCAGUAGCUACCUCUAACGGAACUCAAAAUACCAGAAAAAUGAUUGACUGCUAGAUCAUGAACAUCCUGCAAAGAAGCUGUCCGAAUUCUUUUUUUUUUUUUUUAGGAAAAAAAUUUCAGCUACACAAAAUUUUAGGGGAUAUAUUGAAUUAAGGGUUUGAGGAGAUUUGAGAUUAUAAUCUAUAGUUGAUUUGGUAAGAUAUUUUCUAUAAAUUUCAGAAUUGUUUACUUGAUUUGAAAUGACAUCCCUUAUAUAUUAAAAUAGGAACAUUAUUAAGAAUAAACCUUGUCUUCAUGUGUGAUUUACAAGAGUGUCAUUUACACGUGGCAGUUCUACAAUCACUCUCAGCCCUUUUAUCUAAUAAGGAUUAGUUUACUAGAUUAAUUACAUGAAUUACCAUUGAUCAUAUUAAUUAGUUUCGAAUAUAUUGUAUACAAUUGUAUGUUACAAAUCAUUUAUGGUAUAUUCAUAUAUUUGCUAAUAAAUUACGUUUCACAAUAUAACAAUUGUUUUCUUCAAAUUUUAAAUAUAUUUGCAUUAUAAAUUCCAAAUAUACUAAGUUAUGUAUAUAAAAUUUUCAUAUUAAGAAUAAUAUAUAUCAUCAAAAAGAUAGUCAAACAACUUUUAAAUGUUCGCAAAGUAUACAUUUUUAUUAUGUCCAUGUAUUUACGAUUUUGAUUAUAGUUUUAAUUUUAUCAAUACACAUGUUGUAUAUAAUCAACAUUUCAAAUAGUUUUUAAAUUACAAUAGUUUUAUAUGGGUACAUGUUAGAUAAUAUUUUAUAUGAAUAUAUGAAUAAGAAAUCAAUAAUGAAUGGAAACUAAUAUUAAAAAAACAUUUUUAAACAUUUUUAAUAAUCAAUAUUUCAAAUAUUCCAUAAAAAAAAUCAAUUUCAACAUGGAUGAUUGGAAAGUGAAUAUUUGAAAUUGUAAUCACUAAUUCUAAUCACACAUUUAACUUUGUAAAUAGGAAAUCAUCAUAAAUGGUAAUAGAUAAAUUAUGAGUCAAUUUAAAAAUUUGAAAUGAUUAAGUUUAUGGUCAAAUAUCAUGAUUAAUAUAUUGUUUCAUAUUUUUUUCCUUGCAUAUAAUACUUUCCAAAAAUUAAAAUUUGGAAAGGAGAAAUCAAAAAUUUUAUGAUUGAAUUAUGCUGAAAAUAUAUUCAUUUCACCAAAAUAAAAUGCGUUUAAACAUCAUAUUUUGUGUAUAUAUAUCAUACUAAGCUAAAGCUUAGGCAUCACAUGAACAAUGUGUGUUAAACCACUUAGUUAAAGAGCUCGAUAUAUUAACAUUAGUUUAAUUAUUUACUUUUAACAUGGAUAGCUUACUUCAUUUGAAAGUCAGUAUUUUUUUUAUCCAUUUACUCCAUACAAAGGAUUUCAAAUUGUCAUUUCAUAAUUUAUUUUAUAUUAAUAUUUACUUAUUCUUAUUGAUUUACUUGCAUGAUAAAAUAUUUCAAUUAAACAAAACAAAUAUACAAGUUAAAAAAAAAACAGAAUUUGUAUUGACAUACUAAAUUUCGUUUAAACCCAUAUUUUAUAACAUGUAAUAUUUCUUCCUAUAACUUUAAUAUCAACAUAUUUAAAGUGAUUAUAUUUUUAAAUCUAUUCACCCUGCGCAAGGCGCAGGUUAUCACCUAGUUAUUGUUAAAAAACAUUUUGCUUAGGGAGUUAUCGCAUUAGGGCAUCUCCAACCCUACUUCAUUUUUGACUCCAAACUCAAUUAUGGAAUAAAAUUUUCUCCAACCUCACUUCAUAUUCAACUCCAAAAUGGAGUAAUAGCUAGGGUUACUCUAUUUAUGGAGUAAUCUUACCCAUUACUCCAUUUUGGAGUUGAACUUUUUAUAUUUAUAAAAUGGUCCUUUUAAUUUUUAAUGUUUUUAUUUCAUACUUAAAAUAAUAUAAUAACAUAAAAAAAUAUAAUAUUCCGUAAAAGAUUACUUUAUAGUUUACAGAAAAUAUACAUAAACUCAUAAAAGUCAAAACUAAGAAUAAAUAAUAUAAAAUAAAUAUAAUACAUUAUAAAUAAGUAAUUUAAUAAUUAAUUCGGUAAAUUAUUUUCGAAACUACCAGGUGAAGUAUUAUUCAAACGGAAUAGAUGAGUUUUUUAAUCUUGUGGGUCAAAAUUUUGAUUGAUAACAUUUGUAUUUGUUGAACUUGAUAUAUACACAAACAAACAAUAGGACCCAAUACAUAAUUCAAAUUACAAAACAAAACUUUGUUUUUUCUUUAUGUUCUUUUAAUGCAUAAAAAUAUUUUUGAAUUAGAAAAAUUGCAUAUGAUAAAAUCUGCACGAAUUGAAAUUGGAAGAUAAUCUCUCGUUGUAUUUUUAGUGAUAAAUAUUUAAUUUAAAUAAAAUAUAUUAUUAUAGAAAUUUUGUAAACAUAAAAUAGUUGGGUUAAUUGUUAAUUUUUUAUAAGUUGAAGGUACUAAUAACAAUUAUUAACUAAAUGAAAACAGAAUCCUUUUGUUUGAAGUAAAAAAUGGAGUAAUACAUUGGAGUAAAAUUCAACUCCAUUUUAGAGUUACACCAUUUUAGAGUAAAAUUUGAAGUAAUACAUUGGAGAUGCUCUUAGCCUACUCACGUCACCUCUCGGCAGUCUGCACUAAUCUUUCUUAGUUGUUUUGGCUUUUGUUUUGUCACCAGUUUUAUACAUAUCCCAUACAUUGUGCUCGAGGUUUUUUUGAUGCAGAUAAUGAAUUUUUUUGGCAUCAUCAUUUGUGUUUUUUCUUUAUAUCUGAUCAUUGCCGAGUAAAAUUGAGAACUUGACUGCAGUAUAUUAUUGAUCAGUUUUGCAAGUGGUAUGAUCAGUUCAUGGCUUGCCUAUGGAUUUAUUGUUCUUCAGUUUUGUUUUCAGAUAUUAUUGACGAUUAAGCUUUUUGAUAUGUACUUGAGACUGCGAGCCAAGUGCCAAACCCGAGGAGAAAAAAACUGACAUUCCUUUUGCCAGUUAUUAUUUUCUUUGUGACCACUAAAGAGUUGUCACUGAAAAUAAUCUAGAAAUAGGAGAAACUAAACAAAGGUGAAGAUAAGUGUGUCAUAGAACUGCAGCAAGUUUAUCUUUCGUGAUUUAUGCUGUUAAAAGUAUUUUAAACCAAUUUGCUAGAUAUAAAACUUAGAAGUAGUGUACGUAGACGAAACACAAUGUAAUCAAGAUUCAAUAGGAAUAGGAAGUGACUUUUGUGAUUUAUGCUGCUAAAAGUAUUUUGGUAGCAAUCUUUCUCCAAACACCUUCUCUUUCACCUUAUCUUCAUCUUUUUUCAGCCGUCAUUUGGUACUUUUAACUGCUCAUCAUACACGUCUAUUUGACCCUUGGUUUAAACCACAUCGUAACUCUUGUUGGACCUGAUUUUUUGUUUUCUGGGCUAACUCAUCCCAGUAUAAAGACGGCAGAAACGAGAACGAUCCAGAACUUGAUAGAUGAUUUUACGAUUUGCAUUCACAACUAGAUUGCAGUCUUGGUAGAUAAUUUCUCUAUCCAUUUUCAGAAGGUUUCUUACGAUCGUCUUCUUCCACUCUCCGUCAGCAUAACUCCAGCCUCCUGAUGUAAAAAAUAGAAUAACAUGUUGUAAGAAAAAAAGUAACUUUUUGUCAAAAAAAAAAAGAAAAAAAGUAACUAUGGAUAAUAGUUGAUGUAUUUUAAUGGAUUUAGGAAUACAAAUUAAACCUAUUGUUAUUGAUUCAAUGAUUUUAAAAUUUACAUUAAAAUCAUAGUUAAUGAUUUAAUGAUUUAUAAAUUCUAAUUCAAAUCAAGAGUUAAUUGUUUAAUGAUUUAUAAAUUCUAAUUCAAAUCAGGUUUUAUUCAAUCAAACAUAUUUACUAAUGAAUUUGAUUCAUAACAGAUUUGAAUGAAUUUGUAAAGAUUUAUUUGUUAAAAAUAUAAAGAUUCAAAUCCGAGAAAAC